AUGGGAGCAGUGGGUAUCACUAUACCUCAAAUCGAACUUCACGAUAUUUGGCAGAUCAUCCAGGAGAAGUCCUCUCCUAUGACAGUCUAUGUCACUGACCCUCAGGUCCGCGGAUUAACACAAGUUGUGACUCGAUGGGAAGGUUCCCGGUUCUCAAUAGCUCCUGAAUCCCCGGAUUUUCCUUGUUUUGCCAAUGGCAAAUUUUCCAUCAAUUCGCCGGCACCGGGUGUUGAUCCAUCGGUGCUGAUCACAGAGGAUUGGAAGAUACGUCCUGCUAUCUGA